UCUGCCCGGGUGCACCGCGCGCGGCGCCUGGCCCGUCCCGACCCCUGCCGGCCCCCAGCGGGGAGGCAGCAGCUGCCCGCGCGUGGGCAGGGGGAUCGCGGCGCCUGCCCGCGCUGAGCCAGGGGCAGGGACCGAGGGGCACAGGCAUUGCCGAGCGCCUGGCGCUCCCAGCCUGGGCAGUUCGGGGCGCUGGGCGGAUGAGCUUGGAGAUGAGACAGGUGCCCUUAGCCGAGGGGCUUCUGGCUCUUCCCGCAGCCCGGGCACAGGAGAAGAGCUCGGGGGACCACACAGCUGUCAGCGGACCUCAGUCCUUUCAGAUCGUCUCUUUCAAAUGGGGGCAUGUGCAGGAGCCCUACAUCAUUGCGCUCUGGAUACUUGUGGCCAGUCUGGCCAAAAUCGUUUUCCACUUGUCCCACAAAGUCACCCGCGUGGUUCCAGAGAGCGCUCUGCUGAUUGUCCUUGGCCUCCUCCUGGGCGGUAUCGUGUGGGCUGCAGACCACAUUGCCUCCUUCACCCUUACACCAAAUGUAUUUUUCUUCUACCUGCUGCCACCCAUUGUCUUAGAUGCUGGAUACUUCAUGCCAAACAAAUUGUUUUUUGGAAACCUGGGUACCAUCCUUCUGUAUGCUGUAAUCGGGACUGUAUGGAAUGCUGCCACAACAGGCUUGUCUCUCUAUGGUGUCUACCUGAGCGGAAUAAUGGGCCAACUCAAGAUUGGGCUGCUGGACUUUCUUCUGUUUGGCAGUCUGAUAGCUGCAGUGGACCCUGUGGCUGUACUGGCUGUGUUUGAAGAAGUUCAUGUCAAUGAAGUUCUGUUUAUUAUCGUUUUUGGAGAAUCGCUGCUGAACGAUGCAGUAACUGUGGUGCUGUAUAAUGUGUUUGACUCUUUCGUUGCAAUGGGAGCUGAUAACGUGACUGGGGUGGACUGCGUAAAAGGCAUUGUGUCUUUCUUUGUGGUGAGCCUGGGAGGAACAUUUGUUGGCAUUGUCUUUGCGUUCUUGCUCUCGCUGGUCACUCGCUUCACCAAGCAUGUCCGAAUCAUUGAACCUGGAUUUGUGUUUGUGAUCUCAUACCUGUCCUACCUCACAGCAGAGAUGCUUUCUCUUUCUGCCAUCCUUGCGAUAACUUUCUGUGGUGUCUGCUGUCAAAAAUACGUCAAGGCUAAUAUUUGUGAUCAGUCUUCUACCACCGUGAGGUACACCAUGAAAAUGUUGGCAGGCGGAUCUGAAACUAUUAUAUUCAUGUUCCUGGGAAUUUCAGCUGUAAAUCCAGACAUCUGGACUUGGAACACAGCUUUUAUACUAUUGACUUUGGUCUUCAUCUCUGUGUACAGAGUCAUUGGUGUAGUGAUACAGACAUGGGUUCUAAACCACUACAGAGUGGUCCAGCUGGAAAUAAUAGACCAAGUGGUAAUGUCGUAUGGUGGACUACGGGGAGCUGUUGCUUUUGCUCUAGUCGCACUUCUGAAUGAGAAUAAAGUGAAGGAAAAAAACCUAUUUGUCAGCACAACUAUCAUUGUUGUGUUCUUUACCGUUAUAUUCCAGGGUUUGACAAUCAAGCCUUUGGUACAGUGGCUAAAAGUGAAGAGAAGUGAGCAACGAGAGCCCAAACUGAAUGAGAAACUCCAUGGCAGAGCUUUUGAUCAUAUUCUUUCUGCUGUUGAAGACAUAUCUGGACAAAUAGGACAUAAUUAUCUGCGAGACAAGUGGUCCAAUUUUGAUCGGAAAAUCCUCAGUAAAGUACUGAUGAGAAGGUCUGCUCAAAAAUCAAGAGACCAGAUUCUUAAUAUUUUCCAUGAGCUCAACCUGAAGGAUGCUAUUAGCUAUGUGGCUGAGGGAGAGCGUAGAGGUUCCCUGGCUUUUAUUCGUUCUUCAAGUACUGACAACAUGGUCAACGUGGACUUCAGCACUCCUCGACCAAGUACUGUAGAAAACUCUGUCUCCUGUUUACUGAGAGAAAACGCCAGCUCGGUUUGUCUUGAUAUGCAAGCCUUAGAGCAGAGGAGAAAAAGCAUACGAGAUACAGAGGAUACCGUCACUCACCACACGCUGCAGCAGUACCUUUACAAACCCAGACAAGAGCACAUACAUCUGUACAGUCGGCAUGAGAUCAUUCAGAAUGAAGACGAAAAACAAGACAAGGAGAUUUUCCACAGGACAAUGAGGAAGCGCUUAGAGUCUUUCAAGAGUACCAAACUAGGAAUAAACCACCCCAAAAAGCUCAACAAAAACCACAAGAGGGACCGGGGCCAAAAAAGGAGAACUAGUAAUGCCAUACCAAAUGGAAAAAUACCUUCCGAAAAUCCAGUGCAAGAUUUUACUUUGAAGGAAAAAGAUGUGGAAUUUUCUGAUCCAGAAGAAAAUUAUGAAUCUCUGCAUACGGGCAAAGGAGUUGACUUUUUAGCUAAUGUCACUAAGCAGAAUUGCACAGAUGCUACCUCUGGAAUUGAUAAUCCAGUAUUUUCAGCUGAUGAUGAUCAAAGUAUCUACAUGAAGUUCCCUCCAUGGUUAUCUGAUGAAGAUUCUGUAGUACCAUCACAAAGGGCCCGAGUACAGUUACCGUAUUCUCCAAACAACUUCAGACGACUCACCCCGUUUCGCCUCAGCAAUAAAUCUGUAGAUUCCUUUUUGCUAGCAGAUGGCCCAGAGGAGCGACCCAGAGCUUUCCUCCCAGAAACAACGCAUAUGUGACACGAGCCACAGUGCUGCAGUGACAGGAUACUCUUUCUCAGAUGAGAAACUGCUGCCUUGGAAACCUGACCAAGCAAAACAAAAUGCCUCUGUUUCAGAGAAACCCCUCCACUUCAUUCCAUCUUGCCUUCAAAGGCCCUGGGCACAAAGCUGUUCUUCACUGGAAAACCGAGGAAAUACAACUCUUUCUACUAUCUCAGAGCACAUGACUUCUUAUGACCCAAACCUAACAGAAGUCUAUUGGAAAGCAGUCUCAGAUACGAAUAACAAACCACCUGUCAAUUCAGGAUAUUGUUCUGAAACUAGUUAUGAGCCAGUGAAUUCACAACAAGACAAUUCUGUAGCUAUGCAAGAGAGGCUAGAGGAAUCUAACCCUAAGGAAAACCAAGAGAAGAAAACUUUGCUUAACGCACAAGCCCACUACAGAUCUGCCGCAGCCAGGCGUGUACAAAGCCGACGCUCUUUUCAUAGACCAAAACCUUUGCAACAUCCCAAACUUCAAAAGUUAGCAUCUCUUCCAUCAUCUUGUCACAUCCCUCCACAUUCUCUGGAACAAGAAGAAACACAGCUUUGAGCCUGGACUUACCUAACAGAAGACAAGUGUAGCGAAAAUGGACAAAGUCUCUGGAAAAAGAGAGAGAGAGUGAGAGAAACUCAAAGCAUUGAGACUUUUUCUAGUACCAUUUAAAGAAAGAAAGAGAAAGAAACACUGGGGUCUACUUUUCUGCUGGACAUACACUAGUAAUUCCUCAUUCACAUUAAAGGGACUUAUGUGGUUGAAUCAAGUUGAUAACGAUGCUUCCAUUUUUCAUCUAAACUGUUACAAAGAUAAAUUCUGAGGGCUAUAAUGAGAAUCUUUUCAAAAGGGAAACCGAUGUUGGUUUUCAAAUUAAAAAUAGUUUUAAUUAUGCCAUAUAUUUCCAUAAAACAUCAUUAAGGCAAUACAUUGCAUCUGUAACAUUAAUAAUGCAGAUCAAUAUUCAUGCUGUGUGAAAUUGCUAUAUAUGAGGCCAAUGGUUAAAUCUCUUGCUUGCUAAAUCUAUUCCGGUUGAAAUAGAUUAGUGCCUCUUUAUUAAAUGUGAAAGCUGAAGAAGAAAUAUUAUCCUACUGUUGAAUUUUUGUAUCAUUGUGAAAAGCUAAUUUAAUUGUAGAUUUUUUGAUUCUCUAUUGUAAAUUCUUGGGGUGAAAUCUUGGCCCCACUGAAGCGAAUGGGAAUUUUGCUGUGGAUUUCAAUGCGGCCAGGAUUUCACCCUUGUUAUCUGUUUUAAGUGGUGCUGGGAAUUAAAGAAUGUACAGAGAUAGAAUAGAAUUAUAAUUUACAUGGUCCUAAACAUCUCAUUUAUAUUCUUAAUUAAGCUGCUCUUGUUCAAAUAGCCUCAGUCCCACAAAAGUGAAGACAUAGGUGAUUUAUCUGGCGACUUAGGUGUCUUCCAAAUUAUCUGUUAAGUCUUCCUAUUUAUACAUAACCCUCUCUGGAUAUUUUUUGGGAACAGUGAUUUUCCCCUAUACUGUCAUCUUCUGUGUCCUUUGACACAUUG